AUGCAAAGGCGUUGGAUUCCUUGGUUGUUUACAUCAACGAGGGCUUUGAGUGCUGGACCCCAGAAAUCCAAGUCAAAAUGGAAGUUGUAUCUUUUCGGGUCUACAACUGUUGUUACGGGGCUGUACACAACGAAGGUACUAUGGCCAGAUGUCCGCUCUCAGGUCGACCCGAUACAUUAUUAUUCGGAUUGGAAAGUAAAAUAAAACUUCGUCGUUUAAGCCUUUCUAGAUUCGGGUUUAUACAUCUCUGCCAUUAAACGCCAUUUCCAAGUUCACAGGCUUUGCUUCAACUCUCUACAUCCCUACAAUUUUACGAAAUCCUUUAUAUGGUUUGUAUGUUCGGAUUUAUAAUUGCAACAUGGAUGAGACGAUCCAUCCCGACCUUAAGGCAUACAAAUCCUUUGCGGAGUUCUUCAAUCGACCGCUAUUGGAAACAGCGAGACCCAUUAGUGCAGCCCCAAUGGCAAGUGAACUGAUGUUUGUAUUAUAAAUUAGGUAUCCCCCGCUGAUGGAACGGUACUGCAUAUCGGAGAGAUCGAAGAUGGACGGGUCGAAUACGUCAAGGGUCAUGACUACGAUGUUCAAGAGUUUCUUGGUCCUGUGUCUUUGAAGUUGAAGGUAUUUUAAGGAGAAUAAACACAACCUCAAUUUCAGCCGAAUAAUAAACUACUUCAAGUAGUCAUUUACUUGGCUCCAGGGGAUUACCACGCCUUUCACUCUCCGGCCACAUGGAAUUGCCACCAACAAACUCAUUUUCCGGGUAAAAAUCUUUAAAAUUCUAUUGGUUUAGGACAUCUAUUAUCUGUCAGACCAUCAAUUCUGGAGAAGAUCCCCCUGUUAUUCUGCUUGAAUGAAAGAAUGGUUCUCAAUGGAGGUUGGAAGGAUGGAUUCUUCUCAAUGACUGCGGUUGCCGCCACAAAUGUAGGAGAUAUUUCUAUAGAAAAAGUAAGUUACCCCAUCACCUAUAACAUCAGAAACAGAAACUAGAAGAAAGUCGGAACGCAAAAACUCUUGAAACGGAGGAGUUUGAAUCGACGAAGGCAAGUGGAAUAUUAUACAACACCGGUGAAAAAGUUGGCGAAUUUAGACUUGGAUCUACAAUCGUUUUGGUAAUAAUAAUGGGUCAUUCUUACAUAAUUUAGAUAUUCGAAACACAAGGAUCCGCUAAAUUCGCGAUACAAGCCGGCGAGAAGGUUAAGUUUGGACAAAGUCUCCUCCUUGAGGACUAG